AGCAGGCGCCUGCUCGGGAGUUGCAUUAUAUUCAAAUAUAUUCAUUUUCCAGGAGCCGCUCUGGAGCACCAAGUGGCGGCGCGAUCGCUCCCUCCUAGCAGCGCGCAGCAGCGAGCGAGCGAGCGCCUGGCUGGCCGGCCAGAGUCUCCUCCGCUCCGCGAAGCCGCUUGACUCCGGAUUCCCCGCGGGAGCUUUUUCCACGAGUCCGGCUCCACUCCUGGCUGUCAAGAACCAUGGACUGUUUCUAUAUGCCUUGCUUUCUGUCAAGACAUCAUGACGCCUGGUAACCGAGUGCUGAUGGUCAUCUUAUUAUGCCAAGUGCUGUUAGGAGGUACUAACCGUGCCAGCUUGAUACCCACCGAGACUGGCAAGAAGAAGGUCGCCGGGGAUCUCCAGCAGCACCAGCAGCGGGAGCAGCCCGAGGAGCAGCAGCCGGAGCGCGGCGCCCCGGGAACUUCGCGCCGCCCGUUCCCAAACCAUGAACUCUUGCGCGGGUUCGAGGCCACCCUCCUCCAGAUGUUCGGGCUCCGGCGGCGGCCGCAGCCCAGCCAAGCAGUCCUCGUCCCCUCGUACAUGCUGGAUCUCUAUCGCCUCCAGUCCGGGGAAGGGGAGGAAAAACUCCACGAUCUCAGCCUCCAGUACCCGGAGAAGUCUACCAGCCGCGCAAACACCGUGAGAAGCUUUCACCACGAAGAACACCUGGAGCACGUGCCGGCCCCGGAGAAUCAACCCGCCCGCUUCCGCUACUUCUUCAACCUCAGCAGCGUCCCGUCGGGCGAGGCCAUCUCUUCCGCGGAGCUGCGGCUCUUCCGACAGCAGAUCGAGGAGGAAGAGGCGGCGGCCUGGGAGGGGGGCUUCCAUCGGAUAAACAUUUACGAGGUGAUGAAGCCUUUCCGAGGGGGGGACUUGGUCACCCGGCUGCUGGACACCCGCUUGGUGCAUCACAACGUGAGCCGCUGGGAGACCUUCGACGUGAGCCCCGCCAUCAUCCGAUGGACCGCAGGCGGCCAGCCCAACCACGGGCUGGCCGUGGAGGUUGCCCACCUCCACCCCGUGCAGACUCACCAGGGCAAACAUGUCCGGAUUAGCCGCUCUUUACCUCAAGGGGGCCGCCUGGAGGCCGGCGAAUGGGCUCGCCUCCGGCCUCUCCUGGUCACUUUCAGCCACGACGGCCGGGGCCAGUCUCUGCUGACGCGGAGGGCCAAGCGGAGCCCCAAGCACGCGCACCAGCGGCUGCGCAAGAACAAGCGCAACUGCCGCCGCCACGCCCUCUAUGUGGACUUCAGCGACGUGGGCUGGAACGACUGGAUCGUGGCGCCCCCGGGCUACCAGGCUUUCUACUGCCACGGGGACUGCCCCUUCCCUUUAGCUGAGCACCUCAACUCCACCAACCACGCCAUCGUGCAGACUCUGGUGAACUCCGUCAAUUCCAGCAUCCCCAAAGCCUGUUGUGUCCCCACGGAGCUCAGCGCCAUCUCCAUGCUUUAUCUGGACGAAUAUGACAAAGUGGUUCUGAAGAACUACCAGGAAAUGGUGGUGGAGGGGUGUGGGUGUCGCUAAAUGAGAGAGAGAGAUUAAGGGAUCGAUUACCUUCCCCCCACCCCACCCCACCCCCUUUCCCCCCCACCUAGCCAGCCUUCCCCAUCCAAAAUCCCCAGCAACGGAAGCGGAAGCCAGGGAGAAAAGUCUGCUCCCAGUUUCAAAAAUGGGCUGGUCUUUGCUUUUAAAAAGAAAAGGACCAAAAAAAAAGUUAUCGUAAAUCCUCUUCCUCACCUACACAAACUGAGAAAUGAGAAAAAAUCCCCUUAAUCCGUUCACCUUGACCUUAUUUAUGACUUUAUGUGCAAAUGUGUUGACAAUAAUGAUCAUAUAUUUUGACAAAAUAUAUUUAUAACGACAUAUUAAAAGAUAA